AUGAGCAGGGGGGUGGAGGAGAAGGGAGGAGGGAGGGGGGGAGGGGGGAAGGGAGGAGGAAGCGGAAAGGGGAGUGGGGGAGGGACCGGUGAGGGAGGGGAGAAGGGGGGGGGAGGGAGAAACGAGAAAGGGGGGGACGGGGGGCAUGGUGGGGAAGGGCGGGAGGCGGGCCGGGGGAUCGCGGGGCGCGUGGGGCACAGAGGGGGGAGAGUUGGAAAGGGGGGAGGCCGGGGACGGCCGCGGAGGGGGAGGGAAGAGGGGAGGGGAGUGGGAGGGGAGAAGGGUGGGGGAAUGGUGGAUCGGGGGGAGGGGGCGAAAGAAGGGGUGGGAAGAAGCGAUAGAGACACCAGUUUCCAGAGUCUUCCUUUUUCAGAGCUCCGCCGUGAUGCUCUGCAGGAGGCCAGCGAGGCCUACCUGGGGGGACUCUUCGAGGACACCAACCUCUGCGCCAUCCACGCCAAGAGAGUCACCAUCAUGCCCAAGGACAUCCAGCUGGCCCGCCGAAUCCGUGGCGAGAGGGCCUAG